GGAGCCUGCCGGGCCCACGCGCCUGAGGGGGCUGCGGGAGACGUGCAGCCGCAGGUAGCGCCCACUGCGCCCGCCCACUGGGACCCCGCUCCGGGUUCGGCCCCGGAGCGCGCCGGGGGCAGUUGGAGUCCGGCAUGGCCCGAAGCCCAGAGGCGCUGCUACUGCCGCCUCUGAUGCUCCUGCUGCUGGCGACUCCUCCUGCCCAAGUCUCCCCCGACUACCAUUACUUCGGCGACCGGGGCGAAGGCGACACCUGGGAGCAGCUGCAGCUGCAACAUCAGGGGAAAGACGUGGAGGACUCGAUCCUUGGCCCGUGGGGAAAGUGGCUCUGUCUUUGCGACCUGGGCAAGCAGGAGCGCAGCCGAGAGGUGCUGGGCGCAGCGCCGGCCCCGGUGUUCAUGGACCGCGAGAACCUGGUGCAAGUGCGGCCCUGCGGGCAACGGGAUUGUUCCUCCUGCAAGCCCAUCGACUGCGACUGGAGGCCCUGAGCCCGGCUCCAGAAACCCCGGAGCGGAGCUUCGAAAGCGGCCCCUCUCACCCACCCCAUUACCAAAACUUAAGAGCUAGGCUGUGGGCCUCGGGAACUACAAUUCCCAGAAAGCUGCACGGCAACGCCUUCGGCUCCGUAAACGGCGUCGGGAGCGUCGGGGGCGUGUCCUGUGCUCUGAUUGGCCGGGAGCGGAGCCGCCGAAGGGCCCACGACAAACGCGCGGCUAGUUUGCGCCUGCAGACCUCUUUCCUGUGGCUGGUGGCGGCGGCCGAGGUGACAUGGAUCUCAGCGAGCUGGAGAGAGACGAUACGGGCCGCUGUCGCCUGAACUCGCCUGUGCCCGCGGUGUGCCGCAAGGAACCCUGCGCCCUGGGUGUCGAUGAAGCGGGCCGGGGCCCUGUGCUGGGCCCCAUGGUCUACGCCAUCUGUUAUUGCCCCCUGUCGCGCCUAACAGAUCUGGAGGCCCUGAAAGUGGCAGACUCAAAGACCCUGUCGGAGAGCGAGCGGGACAGGCUGUUUGCGAAAAUGGAGGAGGACGGGGACUUUGUGGGCUGGGCACUGGACGUGCUGUCUCCGAACCUCAUCUCUACCAGCAUGCUUGGGCGGGUCAAAUACAACCUGAACUCCCUGUCCCAUGAUACAGCUGUUGGGCUGGUGCAGUAUGCGUUGGACCAGGGCGUGAAUGUCGCUCAGGUAUUCGUGGACACUGUGGGGCUACCAGAGACAUAUCAGAAGCGGCUGCAGCAGUGCUUUCCCAACAUUGAGGUGACGGUCAAGGCCAAGGCAGAUGCCCUCUACCCCGUGGUCAGUGCUGCCAGCAUCUGUGCCAAGGUGGCCCGCGACCAGGUCGUGAAGAACUGGCAGUUUGUGGAAAAGCUGCAGGACCUGGACAUCGAUUAUGGCUCAGGCUACCCCAAUGAUCCCAAGACAAAAGCGUGGUUGAGAAAGCAUGUGGAGCCCAUCUUUGGCUUUCCUCAGUUUGUCCGGUUCAGUUGGCGCACGGCCCAGAGCAUCUUGGAGAAGGAGGCGGAAGUCGUUACUUGGGAGGACUCGCCGACAGAGGAUCAGGCAGGACUUGGGAGGAUCACAUCCUACUUCAAUGAAGGCCCCCGAACCCGCCCCCACCUCUACCACCGGUACUUCCAAGAGCGGGGCCUGGAGCCAGCCACCACUCUCUAGGAGCCGGCCUGUACCCCCUUUACCUGCCUCUCCCCCCACCCCACAGAUUGUGAUUAAAAUUACGUAAGGAAAGCCAA